AUGGGGGCCUUCAGGGAGGCUUGUCUUGAAGGGCAUGCCACCGACGCUUCCAUACACAUCCAGGAGCUGGAGAAGGCAAUCCCUGUCACCAACACUGCCCCAGGCGAGGACAAAAUCCCGUACGCCUUCCUCCGCCACGCUGGGCCUGACAUGCUUGCCUGGAAAAAUGCCACCAUCGUGCCCAUUCCCAAGAGCGGUGACGGAGGCGAGUUCCGGCCGAUAUCACUCCUGAGCUGCUUGGGAAAGACUCUGGAGAGAAUCCUCCUCUCUCGCCUUCGGCAGGCUGUGGUGGUGUUCCUGGAUCUGGAGAAGGCGUUCGAGCUGGCCUCGGCGCCUGCGGUACUGUCCAUCCUUGCCGAAAAGGGCCUUCGGGGCCGCCUGCUGGCUUGGAUCGGCCAAUACCUCCAGAAUCGCAGGGCGGCAGUACACUUCCAGGGCUGCAGGUCCACAACACAGGCCUUCGAAAACGGCACGGCUCAGGGUGGUGUCCUGAGCCCCGUUCUCUUCAACUUGCUUGUCGAGAAGCUGACAACUCUGCCACACAGCCGCUAUGCACGAGUCUUCUCGUACGCGGACGAUGUGGCCAUGGUGGUUUCCGGCCCGAACCACGUGGCCAGCGCUCGUCUCCUCCUCCGCCGCCUCUCACAGACCUGUGCGUCCCUCGGGCUCGUGAUAAACAGGGGAAAGACGAGGGCCAUGGCCAUCCACCACCGUCUCCUCCCCGAGGCCCUCGAGCUUUACGGCACCCCUGUCCCCUGGGUGCACGUCUAUAAAUAUCUGGGCGUCACCCUGGAUUCACGGCUCUCCUUCACCCCCUAUGUCAACCGCCUUCGCCAGACAGUGGCGACCCGCACCAACAUCAUGCGGGCCCUGGCGAGAACUGCCGGAGGUGCCAGCGACAGGGUCCUACGGCUGUUCUAUCUCCAGGCAGUGAGGGCCUGUGUAGAUUACGGGACGCCGUGCCUCAUGACGGUGAACCCUGCUGCACUCCGGCCUCUGGAGACGGCCCAGAAUGCGGCGAUCCGUACCAUCGUGGGGGCCCCACGGUGGGCGAAAUGCAUCUCCAUGAGGGCGGAGGUCCGGCUUAGCACUGUUGCAGCGAGGAUCACCCAGCUCGCCGUCGGCCAUCUGGCGACGCUGCUGUGCCGCAGGGGGUCAGAACCGCUGAGAGCCUCGGUGAAACAGGCCCUCAAUCAGGCCCCUCUGCUUUUUCGCAGGAAAACGUGGGCGUCGGUGGCAGCAGCCAAACUCAGGACCACCCGCCUCUCCCGGUGUUUCCUGAUGAACACAGACCUGCCCCACCCUGGCUACACCUUACCUCCCCCGUGGGCACCAGCCACCUUCACGGCCACAAUCAAGCCACUGCCCGCGAGGAAGAACCUGCUAACACCGCGAAGCCUCGCGCGGGAGGCCGUGAGCAGAGAGUUGGAGGCGGCCCGGCUCCUCGCUGCCACCUAUUACACAGAUGGCUCCGUUAACCACCUCACUGGGGCUGUCGGGGCGGCUUUCGUCACGGCGGGCCAUGCUGACAUCUACCGGCUGCCUGACGGCUCCUCCUCGACCCAGGCGGAGCUGGUGGCGAUCAGCAUGGCGCUGGGGCAUGCACUAGAGUGGGGCAGGGGCCCGGUCCUGGUACACUGCGACUCGGUGCCGGCCAUACGAUCGCUGUACCAGGACCCGAUGGCUGACAACGUCUCCCUCCUCACGGGCAUCCACGCCCGGUUGCAGGAACUGGGGAGAACCGGCCGUCAGGUCCACCUACACUGGUUGCCCAGCCAUGCAGGCGUGGUGGGUAACGAAGCUGCUGACCGCGCUGCCGGCGAAGCCACCCUGCUACCCAGCAUAACAUGCCCCGUUUCCCCGAGCGUGUCACUGCUCAAGCGGGACAUGGCGGCCCAUACCUUGGCGGGUGUCGUCAGGGCCCUUGAAGAGGCCUUGGCGGCCGGCUCACCGUCUGCAUACUGGUAUGAAUCGGCGACUGGCUCCGGGAGCCGUCGGCUCCCAUUAGGCGCCCCCAGGCGAGUGGCCUCCAACCUCCACCGCCUGCGCCUCGGGUACCGGUGUGCCUCGCUCCUGGACAUCGACGACCCGGUCCCGGUUCAGUGCUCUUACUGCGAGGAGGAGGUCGUCCAGCCACUACUCCACUACCUCCUCGAGUGUGAGGGUACACGCCAUCUCCUCCGCAACCCGGAAGGGCUGCCUGCACCACAGCUUAUUUUUGCCCUCAGUGACGAGGCUCUCGUGAGACUCGUCACAACAUGUGAGCCCCCGAGAUGA